AUGACUAUUCUUAUAACAUAUAAUGCGUCGAUAAAUGUUCCCAAAACUAUCACUAUUGAUAAACCCACUCUUAUGCAAUAUUUAGAUUUAUAUUCAACACAUUCAGAAAUUUUAACUUGUCCAUGCACAACAAUAUCCAUUGGGUAUGAAAAAUUUGUUCAUAUUCAAUAUACAUUACAUCAAGUAUGCAAUAGUACUUUUGUCAAUAAUAGUUAUAUUGAGAAUAUUUUUUGGCAAAAUUCAACUAUUACUAUAGGUUUUCCAAAUUUUUUUAUAACAUAUCCUUAUAUACUCAAUGCUCUAGCUUUAUUUUGCCAAUUAAUGGAUAACAUACUAUCUGAUAGUUUGAUUGAAUUCUAUUCAAAUCAAUAUUUAAGUGUAACUGUUACAUCUAAACAGUUAUUUGAAUUACAAGUACAAGCAUCAUUUCAACAAUUUAUCAUUUCAAAAAUAAAUGAUUUACUAUUUAUUAUGCAAUUCAUACGUGAUACAACUCAAGCCAAUAAUUUUUUCUCUGGAAUAUUGACAAAUUAUGAUUUUGAAUUUGUACUUUCUAGCUAUUAUCAGGAUACCACACUUUUACAACCAAUACCAUUUGAAUUAUCUAAUUGUAGCUGUAUGCUUUCAGCGUUAUGUACUGAACAAGCAGUUAUUUAUGACAAUGACUACAAUAAUAAUAGUUCAUUUAUAGUUCCAGGUUUAUAUGUUGGAUGUUAUAUAGUUGAAGCAUUAUUACAAUCUACUUUAGAAUGUUUUUUUAAUCAAACAUGUCUAAAUAUUUUACAAUCAUAUGGGGGAUUUUCGUCAUUUAUGAAUGUCUUACCACUUAAUUCAUCAUUAUCUAGUCGAUAUAAUGAAACAUCAACUAUAGAAGAACUUGUUAAUGAAUUAAUGAUUGAAAAUUGGAAUUUAUCUAUCAUAUAUGAGAAUUAUUAUAACGGUUGUCAACCAACACAAUGCAGUUAUAGUUAUAUAGCUAAGAAUAAUGCAAUUUAUAUUGCUACUAUGAUAUUUGGUUUAAUUGGUGGUCUAAUGACAAUUUUGCAAUGUUUUAUACCAAGAUUAGUUCGAUUGAUUAAACCCUGUUUUUGGAAAAGGAGAAUUGUUCCUGAAAUGCCUGUUGUUCAAGCUUAA